AUGGCCUCCGUCUUGCGAAGCCCUCAGGCUCUGCAGCUCACGCUGGCCCUCAUCAAGCCCGACGCCGUGGCCCACCCACUGAUUCUGGAGGCCGUCCACCAGCAGAUCCUGAGCAGCCAGCUGCUCAUCGUGCGGCGGAGGGAGCUGGUGUGGAGGAGGGAUGACUGCCGCCGCUUCUACCGGGAGCACGAAGGGCGCUUCUUCUACCAGCGGCUGGUGGAGUUCAUGGCCAGCGGGCCCAUCCGGGCCUACAUCCUCGCCCACCCGGACGCCAUCCAGCGCUGGAGGACACUGAUGGGGCCCACCAGGGUGUUCCGGGCGCGCCACGUGGCCCCCAACUCCAUCCGGGGCAGUUUGGGCCUCACCGACACCCGCAACACCACCCACGGCUCCGACUCCGUGGCCUCGGCCAGCAGGGAGAUCGCAGCCUUCUUCCCGGACUUCAGCGAGCGGCGCUGGUACGAGGAGGAGGAGCCGCGGUGGCGCUGGGGCCCCGUGCGCUACAGCCCGGAGGGCGGCGUCCACUGCGCGGCGGGCACGGGCGGCCAGGACCGGCCUGA